AUGGCCUCCCCUGCUCACUCCAACCUUUCCAAAGCUUCUGCUCCGAUGGUUCCGAGCUUCUUGUUUUUGGUCUUCAUCUGGGUUCUAUGGAUACCACUGAUGCUGGCUGAAGCCCAGGAGCAGCUCACGGAAAGCUGCUCGGGCUCCGAUGGGAGAUGCGGCAACCUCACCAUCUCCCACCCAUUCUGGCUGGUGGAUGCAGAUACGGGAAGAUCAUGUGGUUCUGGUUCCCUGGACUUCGAGGUUGUCUGCUACAACAACACUCCAGUCCUACGGAGCUCUGGACUCGAUGGAUUUGCGAUCAUCAAUAUCACUUACGGGGAACACAGUCUCCGUGCGAUAGAUUUGGGCAAGCAGAACUUACUGCGCGUCUCCAACAGCUGCGACAUCCUCCCGAGCCGGAACACCUCCACCAAACUUGGCCGGCCAUUUCAGAUCAGCAACAACAACCUGAACCUGAUUCUUUACAACUGCACGGAGGCCCCCAGAGGGCUGGUGGAGACGAAUAUGGGGUGCGGGAACCAGCACAAGGUGUUUGUGGGCGCGGUAGGGAGUUAUGAUGAGAAGAGCGACAACGCCAGCUAUGCUAUCAAGGGCUGCAAAGCUUGUGUCUUGCCAGUGUUGGGAUCAUCGGGCAAAGUCAACGCGAGCGACUACGCGCAGCUCAUCAACGACGGGUUCCUCAUGUCAUGGGAGAACACUCCUCCUCCGCUCGGACUGUUUAAUCAAAGUUACAAUGAAACAAGUGACUACGGCGGGUACGCUGUGGAGGGUUGCGACACUUGCGUUGUGCCCGUGCUGGGUGCCAACGGUGAGGCGAACGCAAGGAACUAUGAGCGGCUCAUCAGCGAUGGCUUCCUCCUGACAUGGGAUGGCUCUCCUCUUGCACAACUCAGUUCUCGCGGCAACUUCACCAUCGCUGACCCAUUCUGGCUCGUCGACUUGAAGACGGGAAGAUCAUGCGGUCCACAGGAAUUUGGGCUUGUUUGCUACAACAACAACACUCCAGUCCUACGGGGUACUGAAAUCUUGGGUUUCGCGAUCAUCCAGAUGAACUAUGCCUACCGUAGCCUGCGUGCGAUUGAUCUGGACAAGCUGAAUUUACUGAACGGCUCCAACAGAUGCAAAUCGUUCCCCCGGACCUGGAACACCUCCACCAAACUCGGCCACCGGUUUCGAAUCAGCAACAUGAACCAGAACCUGAUCCUGUACAACUGCACGACGGAGGCGGCCGCGGCACGUAGGGCAGACAGAGAGCUGGUGGAAACAGGGCUUAGGUGCGGGAAUCAGAGCGAUAUUCUUGUCGGAGCAGGAGGGCGUUACAAUGAGACGAGCGACUACGGCAGCUACGCGCUAGAGGGAUGUGACGCUUCCGUCAUGCCGGUGUUGGGCUCGUCGUCCCGCGUGGCAAACGCGAGCGACUACGAGAAGCUCAUCCGGGACGGCUUCCUCCUGACAUGGGAUGAUGCCCCUCCUCUUGCAAGUAAGUUCGCUCACCCCAUCAAAUCAUCUUUCAAUCAAGUUGCAAGCUAG